AUGCUGAAUGUUCUUUCUUCGGAUUGUUCUAAAGGGAUCACAGCAAGAAUGGAAGCUCGCAUGCAAUGCUGGCUUUCGAUCCUUUCUUGUUUUGUUUUGUCAGCAAAUGGGUCUGGGUUUUCAAUAUCAGCAGCGUCCAUUCGUCAGACUAACCCUAUCGCGAAUGGUCAAAAUGUCUUGAUUCUCUCUCUAACAGUCGCACAGAAUGUUGAAGCACGAUCAAACUUUUCUAUUUGUGCUUUAACUGACUUCGAAUAUGCUGUUGGAGAAAGUGUACCUGCAGUUUCAAGUCCGCAGCUUUCGCUGACAAGCUCCUGGAAUGCAUCUUCCUGCUUGUUGUUUUCGAACACUGAAAUCAUCCAAUCUCAAGCAACAGCAUAUCAGAUUUCAUUCUCAGUCAAAAACCAGAAUUUCACAAAUCAGGGCAGCAGUGCAUUGACUCUUAGCCUCAAUGCAGUGAACGUGCACCUCACUGUCAUCUAUGCAGAUGUCCUGGGUGUUCUGAACGGCUCUGUCCCAGGGAAGACUGUCAUUCCUUCGUUGAUCUUUGCUUCUAUUCGUCAAUCGAGUGCACUGGCAAACAUCAGCAACAGAGUUUCGAUUGUUCUACGACCCAAUGUGCAUUUUGACACUGGAUCCAUUUUUACACUCACUGGAUUCAGCGCCAUCUGGGAUUAUAUCGAUUCUUGUUAUUCAUAUGCAACGACAUCGUUGACGACGACAACACCACUUGAACCGACAUCAUCAACCACAACUCAAGCAGACACGACGUCAUCAACAGAAUCUUCAACUCCUGCUCCGACUCCGACUCCUCCAACGACGUCUCCGACUCCUCCAACGACUUCUUCGACUUCGACUUCGACGUUUUUGACUUCGACAACAACUUUGUUUCCGACGACAACUUUGCAAACGGUCACCUCGACUACCGGAGUACUCAUCGCGCCGACGCCCACUACCCUUGCCUCAACAUACGCUGGUGGGAAUUCGGAAAGCACCAUUUCUUUGACAACAGGUGGUCAAUCUGAAGGCGUUUCCACCAGUGAUUAUGCUCUGUCCGUUACCAGCACGCCAGUCGAGCAGUUGCAAAGCGCUUCAUUUUCAACCAAGGGUGUCUAUAUGUCAAGCUCAUCUUCUACCCCUGCAGAAUCAGAAGGCAUUACAUCAACGACAAGCUUCUCUCAGCUGGGGUAUUCUUCGACUGAGUUGCUGCCACAGGAGGCUCAGUCUACCCCAGCAGCCUCAUCCACGUAUGCUGCUGCAGAGGGAAGUGUCACCACAACAGUCGAAGAAGAGCAAUUUACUUCGACUCCAUCAUUGCAGCAAGAGGCUCAGACAAGCCCAGCAGCAACCUCUACAUCGCCGCUGGGAGUGGGAGGAGAAGUCACUACAACAGUGAGGGCAGAAGAAGGGUUCACUUCGACUCCCUUGCCUCAGCAAAACAUUGAGUCUACGUUUGGCACCUCGUCGACUUCAGCAGCAUCAGAGACUAGCUCGACAUCAGCACCUACAACCGUGGAAACCAGCUCAUUCUCGACCAAGAUCAUUGACAGCAGUUCCUCUUCGACACCCUUCAAGAUCGAAACGAGUGCUCCUACUUCUGCAGCCUCGGCCGAGCUUUCAAGCCCAUCGUCUACUCCCAUAGAGGACCGCUCGUUGUCGACGUCUACUUGGAGCAGCUCAUCGUCGACACCUGCCUUUAGCAGCUCAUCGUCUACACCUGCCUUUAGCAGCUCGUCGUCUACACCUGCCUUUAGCAGCUCGUCGUCGACACCAGCACCAUUCCAAACAAAUUCCUUUCCUACUUCCAAAGCGUUCCUGUCAAGUUCCUCCUCCACACCCUUGGACAGCAGCUCUUCGUCGACAACAAUGCAGGCGUUAGAGACCAUCACAGAUUGGACGACCCCCGCUCCCAGCAGCAGCAGAAGGAGACUGUUGAGCUCCGCCGCUUCGAAUGAUCAGCAGAAUGUCGUCUAUUCCACAGCAGCCGUGUGCCAGCAGAAGCAAAUCCAGUUUGCAUCAGCUCAGCCUGACCAGACUUUGUCCGCGUCAAAAGUAACUUUCGGAGGCAGAGCCGUGAUUCUUCGUACUGGCGAGCUCCUGCUGGUUGCCAACUCGAGCUUCGAUCAGUACGAGGCUCUCGUCGCUUUCGAGCUCACAAACCCGGUGGUCGAACGGGCUCCAUCGAGUUUUCUCGUCCAGGGAAGGCUCGUGGUGAGUGGGAAUCGUUAUUCUCUGCCAUCGCAAGGGGUCACGUUGAGCUCCCAAGCCAUCGGAGGUGUGAAGGACGCCUCCAACCCGUUCAAGGUUCAUGUCCCAAAGAUCCUCUUCGCCCACAUCCAGCACUCGAGAUCAGUCUCGUUCAUGCAAAAUACGAUCUCGAUGGAGAUGAGAGUGGACGUGGAUAUGACGAACCGUUCUUACCUCUACAUCACAGGCAUUCCCGACCAGCUCUACGUCUACAAUGAAGCGAAGGCACCAGCUUACAGCAACCUUGACAGCGCGAUUGAGGUGAAGCAGGUGGCCGAUGGCUUCACCGUCAAGGUGUUGGACCUCAUCGCAGUCAACACGAGCAUCCGUGUGUGGGUUCCCGUCAUGAACAGCCAAGGUCAGCGGCUAGAGGGAUGCAACGUGUCGGUCGAGGGAGGAGUCGGAGUCGGAGACAGGAUCUCUCUCUUGUCAAAGACUCGCAUGACGACCGAGACCGACACGAGCGGCCGCAUCUGCUUGCUUGUCGCCCCGAAGGUUGUAUCACCGACGGUGUCAUCAGUGAACCCACUGGUGGGCUCGCUGAACCGUCUGAACCUCAAGUUUGCUUUCAAUGUCGAGCUCAGAGGGAGCGAUGGGCUCAAGUUCAGGCUUCGCUCGCCUCUGCUGCAGUCGCCUCUCACCAGCGGGUCUCUCAACUUCACCUCUCAAGACGGCAGGGUGCAGACGUUCCGCAACGUGACGACAGGCGAAGAUUACCUUGAGUUUGCGAUGGAGGCCUCUGACGCGAUGAAGGCAAACGUCAACUACUAUCUCCUCGUCGACGUCAGGAACCCGUCCUACGUCCUUCGAGCCCCCCACGUCUCCAUGGACAUCACAAGCUCGAAGAGCAACAACUUCGCCCUGGCCUUCAACUUCACCCCGGUGGCUGCUUCCAACCCCUACGGGAUCUCGUUGCAGGAUCCUCUUGACACAUGGGCUCCUGUCAUCGUCAACGCGUCUAUCUAUCAGAGCUCUCCUCUCACCGACGCCUCCAACACUCUCACGGUCUCUGUGAAGACCAACACCUUCCUCGUCCAAGGCUCUCGCUUGACUCUCAGCGGCUUGUGCGGCAUGGCGGAUGUCGACGCGACUGUGAAUGCUGCUGCUUUCAGGGUGACCUCUACCUCUGCGAGCGGGUGUUUCAUAGUGGUGGAGGCGACGAGCGACCGGAGCAGCUUCGUCGUCAUGCUGGAUGUGACAGUGAGAAACGGAGGGAGCGAGCAGGUAGCCGUCAGCCCCACGCUGAGCGGGUUCAUCGAGAGCGGCGUAUGGGACGCGAGCUUGAGUUCGGUGUCGCUGCUUCAGCAGCCUUCCUCUCGGUUCGGCAUUGAGGGAGGCUCGUUACCCCUCAAGAUUGUUCGUCCUCGCAUCUCCUCUUGGAGCUUCCAGCAAUCCUCUCCCUUCGUCGGCUCAUCCAACCAGCUCACUCUCAGCCUCACCCUCAACGUCGCACUCACCGUCGGGUCUCAACUCUUCCUUGCAAACUGGCCUGCACAGCAAGUCUCGCAGGCCGCGUCGCUGUCGUCUGCAUGGCAGGUUGUCAGCAUCAGCUCCAACUCCUCCUUCAAGUUCCUGGGAGGUGACAACCAACCUCCUUAUGUCCUCCUCUUGAGCAUCAGAAACAGUCAGACCCCCCUGUCCUCCCCGUCUGACUUUCCCGCCCGCCUCAUGGUGGAGUGCGGGCUGUACGACUCUUGGUCAGAAGUGACCACCAUAGCUGGGACCCAGCAGGACCUUUUCCUGGUCCCGGGCGGGCGGAAGCCAUUCUUGACAGUGAUGCCGGAGAUACAGGAGGCGACGAUCUCGCAGACGAUUCCCUUCACCAGCUCGCCCAACGUGAUCUCCCUGCACGUCGUCUCCAGGUUCGCCAUCACCAAGGACUCGCGGCUGCUCAUCACCCCAGCUCCCUCGUGUGUGCCAACGCUGCUCGACUCCUUCACGAGCAUCAGCGAUAAUACUCUAGUGCUGACGCUCUCGGGUUCGAACGUCUCCGCCUUCAAUGUGUCGUUCCGCGUCAUCAACGGCGACUGCGAGCAGGCGGACAGGCCGUUGCAGGUCAAGCUGGUGGAGGAGCUGGGAGUCUUCGACUCUGAGAGUGAGACGAGGGCGAUGCUGAUGGAUCGCUCGACCCUCUUCGGCGUCAUCAAUGGCAGCAGCCCCUUCGUGACUUACCGUGCGACGAUCACCAACGCUCUCGUCUACCAAGACAACCCGAUCGUCGGUCAGCUCAACAACGUGAGUUUGUCCCUUCGCUUCAACUUCGAGACGCCCAAGCAGGCAAGCUGCACCAUCACCGGGAUGAGCAUGUUCGACCAGCAGCAGGGCGUCGUGAGCGUCAGACAGUCUCCGGCCAGCCUGAUCAACUCGAGCCGCCUGGUGGGAGGGAGCCUGGUGCUCAGCAACUUUCUGCAGACUUUGCCAGCUGGCGACGACCUGAACGUGACGGUCGUGCUGGUCAACGGAGCGAAAGAGAGCAAUGCAGCUGCAGUGUCGGUCACGUGCUACCUUGAUCCGAUCGUGACCGGGUUGAAGGUGACUAGCGAGUUCUCGUCGCGUUCUGUCUCUGUGUUUGGAGUGGCAGGAGGGUCUCUCGUCGGGAAGCUGGUGCGAGCAGGGUUUGACCUGCUCGCGGGCAUCCAGACGAACCCGCUGGUGAUGAAGGAGAACAAGCUCGUGUUCAGCAUCUCCUGCAACAUCGACUUUGCUAUGGGAUCAACGAUGACUCUGCGUGGGCUGGUGGGACUUCCAGCACUCUACAAUGUCUCGUCGGAGUUUGCUGUGCUGAAUCGUACCUUGAGCGAUGAGCUGAUUGUCAUCGCGCACAUGGACAUGUAUGCGAGUGAGACUUACUUUCUCAACUUGUCGUUGAUCAACCCCGACCAAGAGCAGGACUCUCCUCCUCUCAAGCUCAGGGCGACGCUUGUGGUCCAGGCGAGCUAUGCAGCUUUACACCUGCCGUUGGCGGAAGCUCUCGUCAGCAAGCCAGGAAUCACCGUCAUCGGUAUCCCCGGUGGUUAUGACCCGCUCAAGAUUUUCCGAGCCAACUUCACGAUCGAUCAACUCUCGCAGGUGACCAUGUUGUUCUGCCGCGCGACGGUCUUCAGGAUCUUCUUCUCCUUCAACUGCGACAUCCUGCCAAAUUCCUCGCUCACCGUCAGCUUCCCCGCUCAUGCCCUUGCCAGUCUGCUGGCUACCGCAGACUACUACCGCGCGCCCAACAGCAAGGCUGUCGUGGUUGUCAGCCAAUUAGGACAGCUCGCGCAAGUGUCGAAGGGAAUUCAGCUGAAUGUUCCUGACACGUCGACGUCUGCUCUGAGCCCCUUCAGUCUCGCUUCUCAUGUCUUGACCAUCUUCGGUCCCGUCGCCUUCCCCGAGCUGAAGCUGAACGUGACGUCAAGCGUGCAAGAGAUCAACCUCAUGGUCCAUCAGCUUGCCUUCGCCUUCGAUGCCAUCAGCGACCGUCGAGUUGUCUACGUCCAGGACUUGAACCUUGCAGGAGACCCUUCAUGCACACAGGACUUCCUUCAAGUGACCACCUUCACAGUGUCAGGCAGUAUCGAUCCGAGCUUCUCCCUGGCUCCCAAGAUCAAUCAAUCAGGGUACUUGUCCUUCCGGAUAUCAAACUCAGAGCCCGACGAAGGUUCUUCGAUCGAGUUCGACCUGCUGAUAACCGCCAGCUUGUAUGAUGCGAGCCUUAGCAACUCUCUCAAGUUGGAUAGUCGCGUGCGAGUGAUCGUCAUGGGAAGAACUCGCUGUCCGGUCCAGGUGUGGUACAAUUACGCAGGGUCGCUGGCGGUAGAGAUCAGCUGGAGAAAGGAUCCGAGAACAAUCCUUGCUUGCCAACAGAACGCGACGAGCAAGACUGUCUCCUAUCGGGUCAGCCUCAAACCGGAGAAAGGCUCUGUCGUUACCAAGACAGUCAGCAGCAACUGCUCUGCAGUGCAAAGCGUGAGGCUCGAUAACCUUGAGCAAGGACAAGUGUACCAUUAUGAUGCCAUCGGAGUCAACCUGUUCGGCGAGACGUGCAGCCCAUCGCUCGACUCCUCUGGCUUCAAGUUCCUCGCCUUGACUACCCCGACGGUCCCUCAGUCUCUCACCGUCUCUCGCUUCGACCUCAACACCCUCAACUUCACCUGGACGAUCCCAUCUAAUACUGGCGAUGGGACAGCAAACCGUCAACUCAUCUCCAGCUUUCGCGUCGUCUUGGUGGUCAAUCAAGAGUUUGUCAUCUCAACAUUGCAGACAAGCGUGUUGAUCACGAGACAGGACUACCCCCAGCUCUUCGACUCUACCACCCAGAACUUUACCCUCAAAGUGUCGGCCAUCAACGUCGUCGGAGAAGGAGCCGUCGCCUCCUCUCCUCUCGAUCUUGCAAACGCCGAAUGCCCGCGAGUAUGCGGAGACGGGUUGAAGUUGCCGACCGAGGACUGUGAUGACGGGAACGUGUUGGACGGAGACGGAUGCUCGAGCAGCUGCAAGGUAGAGGCAACAGCUCUCUGUCGUUUCUCCAGCUCUCCUGCCUUCACCUGCGAGCAGAAGCCUCAGGGCCCGUCUUCCUGCAUCUUUCCUAAGUUCGAGUACGUCAAACUGCUCCAGUCCUCCACGUUUCCCGAAAGCGACAAUAUCAUCUACUUCUCCCUUCGAGCCAACACGCCGCUCGUAUCGGCCCUGCAUGUCACACUCAGUGGGCUGACGGGUACGGGCACACCAGACAACAACAACUUGCUGAUCACGCUAUACAACAGCACAUUCAAAAUGACGUCUGCUAUCUGGACGCAAAAAUCUGGGAAACUUGACAUGACGAUCGACACCGUCACUGGUCUCGACGGCGAGCUCUUCCUCUCCUUCACGUUGAAAAAUCCUUCCACGACUCAGGCUGCCGUUGAUGUCACGGUAGGAUGCAUCGACUGCGUGACCUGCGUCGACUGCUCUCAGUCGCCCGUCAGCCUGCAGGGCUCCGUCAACGGCUCGAUCCUGGGCGUGCAAGUCCCCAAGACUGACUGCGAGCGGAGGAACGGCUCAGCAUGGUUCGGCCCCAACUGCUCUCUGCCGUGCUACGGAGUCGUCCAGGUCCCCCCAGGCGGUCAGGCAUGGUGCGAAUGUCCUGCCGGCUCUUUCGGCGAAAGUUGCCAAACUCAAGUGGUAGCGGACAAGAAUCUCUCGGUAGCCCCGCAGCUCGUGCAGCCGAGCUCAGAGCCGGUACCUGUCAAAGGAGCAGACGGUGACGGGGUGGAGCUUCCUCCCGGAGCCCUCACCUCCUCCAUCGUCGUCUCAGUGCAAGUGUACAAGGCGGAUCCUCCGAUCCCCAAGGAACAGAGUGACCUCAAGCCCGUGGGGAAGGUGAUGGAGCUGAAGCCCGACGGAGUGACCUUCGCUCAGCCCGUCACCAUCGCCACUGCCAUCACCCAGGAAGUCAUCGACACGGCGAAAAAAGAAGGAAAGGUGCUGGAGAUGCGCUUCCUGGAUCGGGGCAGCGGCAAGUGGAUGAGCACAGGAGGGGAGGUGGCGUAUGUCGGCGGAGCUCCGUUCCUGCUCACCAAGAGCUAUCACUUCUCUCUGUGGGCAGCGAUGAGCGGCAACCCUCCCCCGACCACAGCGACCAACGCGAGCGAGACGACGGCGAUGGCGACAACUGCCGUCGUCCUUCCCUCUACCACCAUGCCCCCCGAGAAGACUCGCUCCGUCAACGUUGUCUUGUUCAUUGGGAUCGCCGCCGGUGUCACGUCGGUUCUAGCCUUAUCGAUAACGGGAUGGUACUACACCGUGUCAAGGCACGGCAAGAAGACGUCCAAGGAGCCUCAGCAAGUUCAGAACGUACCAAGUCCGACGAGAGACGCUGAGGAGUACUUCGAGUCUGUAAUGCCUCAGCAGCAGGAAGGGUCACCUUCAACUGCGGAGGCAGCUCCAGACGCAGCAGCGUCGGCAGAACUUGUAUACCAGGAUGUGCAAGAACAGGAGGAGACAAAAGUGGUUGCGCCGACAGAGAUCAAGUUGUCGGAGAAGAAAGAGAAGGAGAUGGAGGUGGAGGCAGCAGCCAAGGGCAGGCGAAGCAGGCGAGGGACGAUAGAGCACGUGAAGAAACUGAAGAGAAGCAUGCUUGAAGAGAGCCUGAAGGCCUCCAUCAAGACUUCGAUCACCAGCCUGACCGCUCAGGACAUGGAUGAGUUCGAAUCUUUCUCGCGGGAACUCAAAGACCAAAUGAACAGAACUGCCCGACCAGCACCAAGUGGGGCAGAAGAAUCAUUCCAAGGAGAGGCAAGAGCAGCAGGCAACGCUCCUACCAAACAAGAAAAUGAUGCAGUCCGUGAUAUCCCCAGAUCACAUGCAGAAGAGGCGAGAGGAGGAGGGCAGGGAGCGAGGACUGCAGGGGAUAUGCCAAGGUCACAUACAGGAGAGGCGAGAGGAGGAGGGCAGGGAGCGAGGACUGCAGGGGAUAUGCCAAGGUCACAUACAGGAGAGGCGAGAGGAGGAGGGCAGGGAGCGAGGACUGCAGGGGAUAUGCCAAGGUCACAUACAGGAGAGGCGAGAGGAGGAGAGCAGGGAGCGAGGACUGCAGGGGAUAGCAGGUUCGUUGAGAGAGAGAAGACAGCAGGACAAGGGAAGAAUCGGAGAAGAGCGGAGGAGCGGCAAAGCAAGAGGGCGGAGGAGCUUCACGAGAUGAUCGUGACAGAGGACAAGAAGGCGGCAGAGAGGUCGAGGAGAGACUCAGACGCCUGGAUGGAAUCAUUCCUCAAGAGCGAGCACAGAAAGCAUGUGCUGGAGACAGGGAGGAGACUAUCGAAUCGAAGCUCCCGACGCCUCCUCCUUGCUGAACGUCCUUCCUCUAUCGAAGUUUCGGACGAAGUCACAAGCCUGUCCAGCGCUGAGUUCUCUCCGCAGCUGCUCGAAGCGAGGUCCAACUCUCUCCGCAAGGCGUACGGCCACAAGAAGAGGGAGAAGAAGAAGCACAAGGAAGGAGAGACGGUUCAAGAAGUUGCCAUCUAG